CAAAUGAUAAUCAUUUUUAAUGUUUAUUUACAAUUAUUACAAACUUCGACCAUUUAUAGAUGUGUAUUGUACUUUUUGCCGCUUAUAAUAAGUUUAUUAACAAAGUUCAGACAUUCUAUUAAAACUGUAACUCAUCAUAUAAUCAGAUCUGAAAUUGCCUACAUUAUGAAAAUAAAUUGUAAUGUGUAAUAUUCAAACUACUAUUCAGCUUAAAUCGUAAUUAAUGGAAGAAGUAAAUAAAAUUAUACAGCAAUUAAAACAUAAUGGUGAAUUCAUAGUCACUGGUCAUGAAAAAUUAAUAAUCAAUACUGAGAUUCUUAGCACAAUCAAUACAGAAGUGUUAUCAUCUUUACAUUCAAAUCGUAUUUUAAAUCAUCAUUACUUAUCAGAAGUCCUUAAAAAAAUUCAUAAGCUAAAAUUAUUGCAGUGUUCUAAUACUUUAAAUCUCAAUCAGAUAAUUGAUCUAUCACCUUUUCAUAGUCUUACCCAUCUAGAACUAAUUGAUAUUGAUAUAGAAUGUUUAAUUGGAUUGAAUACUACAAAAUUGGAUUCUUUAAUUAUAAAUGGACAUCUUAAGACAGUAGCUUCUUUUUUAAAAAGAAAGUGGCCUUAUCUUCAAUAUUUAGUAUUACGGGGAUGUCAUCUUAACUCAUUGGAUGAAUGUUUGUUACAUACACCUUGUCUUAAAUACUUAGAAACUUCAAGAAGUGUUUUAACUGAAAUACAGCAUAUUGAUAAGCUUGAAUGUUUAGAAUGCCUAAAUUUAAGCUUAAACAGACUAACCAAAGUACCAAUUUUAAAUGAUUAUGCUGCAAGAAAUUUAUCUGUAUUAGUGUUGAACUACAAUUGUAUAAAUAAUUUAACUGGGCUGUCUAAGUUGACUAACUUAAAAGUAUUAGAUCUAUCAAACAAUAUGAUAAUACAUCAUGAAUCAUUAUCGCCUUUGGGUGAUAUGUCAUUCUUGAGGUAUUUAAAUUUAGAAAAUAAUCCCUUGGCAUUUAUUGAAAAUCACAGAGAAAAAACAUGUGGCUACUUACAUGAAAAUGCAUCUGUUGAAAUUUUUGAAUUGGACAAUAAAAUACUUUCAAAAUCAGAAAAGAAAUUUGUUGGGCAGUCUUCUAGGACUCUAGAUUUGUCAUUUUUGCAUUACUUACCACAAACUAGUGCAAAGGCUACCAAAAUUAGAUCUCCUAUUAUAGAAGAUGGUGUUUGGAAUGAUAAAUCUAGAAUUUUAUCACUAGCUGAGAAAAUAAAUUAUAAAAGAGAUUUAUCCAAAUUAGAACAUUUGACUACUAAAAAACAAAUAGAGAGUGUAAGAGAAAGAUUUGGUGAAGAUAACUGGUUACAUAGUCAUGCUGGAAGUUAUGUUCAAGGUAUACUUGGAAUAAAUCAGCAAAAUGAAAGAGAAGGAUCAAUUGAAUCAAUAAGAGUUAAAAAUGAAACUAAAGAAAAAUCUCAAAUACCCAUAGAACAUAGUUUUCAAGAAAAUUCAGUUUAUUCUGACACUAGUACUAAUAUAAAUUCAGAACUAAAUGUUUCUUUUAAUGAAGAGCUAAAUGAAAAAACCAUUAAAGAAGAAUAUUCAUCAACAAUAAUUUAUGAUAAUUCAAAAUCUGAAACAUUGUGGCCAGCUCAAAUUGUUAAUGGUGACAACGAAGAGACUUCUAACAUCUUAUUAUGUCUAUCUGAAAAGGAUUUAAAAGAAAAAAGUUGUGAUGGAGGACCGGUAAUUACUACAUGGAGUCGUGAUUCAAUUGAAAGUUGUGUUAAAAUUAAUUUUAAUCCAAUAAAAAUUCAAGUGAAUUUCAUGACAUUGAGACGUGAUAAAAAUCAAAGAGUAUAUAUUAUGAAAGAAAAUGAUGCUAAUGACUUCAUAAAGAUUAUAUGUUCAGAAUUAGAAUCAAGAACUUUAAGUGAAAUGAACCAGAGUGUUUUUAAAUGUGUACAAUGUACCACUGUAUUUUGUCAAGAAAACUUUAAAAAUAUAUUUAAAGAUAAAAGGAAAAAUUGUUGUCCUAGUUGUGAUAGUUUUCUUGUGGUAAAAAUUGAAGAUGAGCCACUUCCAUCCUUUUAUAAUUUACCUGAAAUUAGUGAAGUGAUUGUUCCUGAUAACGAAAAUGAUAUAGAUAGAACACCUGUUAAUUCAAGAUCAAGUUCAGAAGAGCCAGAACAAAGAAAAUUCUACAGGAAUGAUAGUGAUGUAGAAAUUAUAAGCAAUCCAAGUGAAAAUUCAGUUGAAAUACUUGAGGUUACACCUAGUCUUGAAAAUAAAAACGAAAAAAUUCUGUUGCCAAUUAAUGUUAGACAAGUUCUUACAGAAAGUAGUUCUUCAGGAUCAAUGACUGAUAGUGUGUGUACAGCUUAUGAAAGUCGUAAACUCCAAAAAGAUAGUCUAACAUCUUGUAAAGAUAUAAUGGACAGCUCAGAUAGUAGGCUUACUUCUAUAUUUGAUAAGCCAAUUCAGUUUUCUUAUGAUGAUUUCUCUGUAAUAGAUUUACGAUUGAAAUCUUACCUUCAACAAAAAUAUUUUCGUAGUACUGAAGAAUUUGUUCUUAUUUUUCGAUGUAACUGUAUUAUGAUGAACCCAGAAUAUAAGUUUGAUGGUUGUAUAGUCAUAUCAAAUAGAUCAUUGUAUAUAUUCAAACUUACUGGUCAAUCAGAUGAACUCUUACAAAAAAUAUCCAGUCAUCGUUUAAGUUUGGUUAAAUCUAUUGCUACUUUGCCAUGGAACAUGGGAUUGGUAAUUUGUGUAGAACAACCAGAUAUUGACAUAAAAUAUACAUUUGUACUUUAUAUUCCUCAUAUUACUACACGAUUAGUAGCAUUUCUAGAACGAAUGAAACCAUUUGAACAACGUCAAGUGCUAGUUUCAUCAACAAAUACUGAUUGUUAUCUUUAUGUGAAUAACAUGUUAUACACAAAUGAUUUACAUUUACCCAUUAUUUAUGAAAUAUUAUGUGAAAAUGUUACAAUAGUUUCUGACGAUGGGCUUGUUGAAGUAAUAGAACUUCCAGCUAUUAUUAUUACUGAGUACGAAUUGGUUAUGUUAGGAGGUGAAUUUUCUUGGUUAUUGCCAUAUGAUGAAAGAUGUCCUACUAUAAUUCAUGUGCAAUUAAUGAACAAGUUAAAUCAUAUUGAAAGUAAUAAGGAAAACAUAUGUCUCAAAUUUGAAGAAAAUGUUUCAUGGCUGUUAUCAAUUAAUCGAGUUGAAAUAGAUCAAUCCACUGCAGAAAUAAUUAAAAUGUUAUCUAGUGCAAAGCAAAAAUUGAAUCUUAGUAUACAAACUGAUAUUGUUGAUCAAAAGGUUUAGCUUAUUAAAAAUAACUAUUGUUUUUGUUAAAUAAUUUUUAUCUUGUUAUUUCUAAUUAAUUAGAUUUUAAAUUCUAUGAUUUCAUAAGUAAUCAUAGAAGAUUAAAUAAAUACAAAUUAUAGAAAUUGAUUUUUAGUAUUUAUUUGAAGCUUUUUAAAAUGAAUUUUUUUUUUAUAUUUUCAUUAGUUGUCCAGAUUAUUUUUUUGUAAUUAUAUAAACUUUUAAUUAAAUGAGUUGUAAAAAUGAA